AUGUUUUCAUUCCUCUGGCACUAUUGCUCGGCGGCGUGGGCUGGGUUUCGACAGUUCGUCUAUCUCCUGUUUUAUUUUCUUUUACGUGAUUCCAAGUAUGAAAUACCCGAUGAUAUCGAGGCUACUUCCUCUACUGGCCUCACUUCCACCACGUACAACAUGGAAGAAGCUCCACGAGCCCUUACCCUCCCCAACGCCGAAGCAGCACAAUGGAACAGAGACAUUCUGCUGGAAUUUAAGGCCGCCUUGGAAAAGAAUCCUGCGGUGGACCUAAUAUCAAUGUUCUCUGACUCUUAUCAUCGUGAGCAUCUAAAUGCUCAGUAUUCUCAGCUGUCUUAUGCUGCAAGAAUCAAUCUCCGAACACUAACUGAACUUCAUGACGCCCUAAGGCGUGAGCCAGAAGUCAAUCUGCUAUCUGCAUUUCCAACAAAUUAUACCCGCAGGAUCACAAUGGCAACUGGUUCCCCAGCUUUGUCACCCGCAGAGGGAUGCACAUCUGAGAGAAGGGCUCCCGAGUUCCGCACACGUCUUGAGCUUGCUGAGACUGCUUCAGUUAUCUUUCCAUUGUCUGAGAAGGUUACAUCUUUACUUGCACAGUCAGGAGAGUUAGUGAAUAGUGGGCCAGGUGACACAGCAGAUUCACUCUUUCUCUCCUUGAAGAAGCUUCUUUGGGAUUCAACAAAGCUCUGGGAAAAUCCUGUUAGAGGUGUGGUUGUCAAGUGCAAUGAGAACAUCAUUGCCAAAGUCAUUACAGGAAACAAAGAUUACACAGAGUACACAAGCUUGGAAUUCCUUGCAAAACAGGCACCUGAUGUUCCUGCACCGAGACCACAUGGUUUGGUUGCUUUCGGGCCCUUUCGAGUCAUAUUCAUGUCAUGCAUUCCAGGCAUGACCUUGACCCAAGCAUGGCCUAGCCUGUCCCAUGAGGAAAAAUUAUCAAUACAAGGCCAGCUGGAUGAAAUCUUCCGCCGUCUGAGAAUACUUCGACAGGAUGAUGGCAAUGUGCUUGGAGGGGUCUGUGGAGAAGGGGUCAAAGAGCUCCGUGUUGAUGAAUGCGCCCUUUUUAAAGGCAUCACCACGGCCAUCAAGUUCAACGACCUGCAAUUCUCCGCCCACCACCAUGGCAGCUCCACUUAUGUUGAAUUCCUUCGUUCCUUUCUGAGAAAUGACCGCUCCACUUCAAUGCAUGAAUCGGUGUUCACGCACGGUGAUGUUAGGACUGAUAACAUAAUGGUGAAACAGGAUCCCAACGGCCGCUAUAUUGUUACUGGAAUUAUUGACUGGGAGUAUAGCGGCUUUUAUCCUGAGUACUACGAAUGCACUGGGCUGACUCGCACUUUGAGCCUGGUGGAUGAAAAUGAUUGGUAUCUCUAUUUGCCGGAGAGCAUCUCCCCAUCGCAGUUUCCCGUACGUUGGCUGGUUGAUCGACUCUGGGGCACCCAUCUCAGAACCACGUAG